AUGACGAACCUCACCAACAACAACUCCACCGCUGCUCCCCAGCAUCCCCCCGCCGCCGUCAAGCCCACCGCUAAUGAAAACGACACCGACCCCCUCCUCUUCCCCACGACCCUCGUCUCCCCCGACGUCGCCGCCGCCCUACCAGAAACCUACACGAUCCGGCCCCUGCGCCGCUCCGACUACCAGCGCGGCUACCUGGACGUGCUGCGCGUGCUGACGACCGUCGGCGACAUCACCGCGGCGCAGUGGGACGCCCGCUACGACUGGAUCUCCGCCCGCAACGACGAGUACUACUUGUUGGUCAUCUGCGACGGGGCCGGCCGCGUCGUCGGCACGGGCAGCCUGAUUGUCGAGCGCAAGUUCAUUCACGCCCUGGGCAUGGUCGGCCACAUCGAGGACAUCGCCGUCGACAAGGACCAGCAGGGCAAGAAGUUGGGGCUGCGGCUCAUCCAGGCGCUGGACUUUGUGGCGGAGAAGGUCGGGUGUUAUAAGACGAUCCUUGAUUGCUCCGAGUCGAAUGAGGGGUUUUAUCUUAAGUGUGGCUUUAAGCGGGCAGGGUUGGAGAUGGCGCAUUAUUAUUAA